UUGGCCCAUCGGUAUUGUGUUGAGCCCAUUUACUGCCUGACGAGGAAGUUGAUCGCCCUUGUUUGCUUCAUCGUCUCUGCUUCAUCCAUGGCGGCUAUCAGAAGAAUAAUUGCUUCCAACAAAACCCUCUCUCCAUAUCUUCUCACUUUCACCAGGGGAAUCGCCUUCAAACUUUUCGUUGGAGGACUGUCCUUCCACACCAAUGAAACAACAUUGUCAGAUGCAUUUUCCAAUUACGGACAAGUUAUUGAUGCCAAAGUUGUGACAGAUAGGGUGUCAGCUAGGUCUAAAGGGUUUGGUUUUGUCACCUUUGCUUCACAAGAUGAGGCUGAGAAUGCCAUGGCAGAGAUGAAUGGAAAGGCACUAAAUGGACGUGUUAUCUUUGUUGAUUAUGCAAAACCUGAUACCAAAACUGGUUUUGAAAUGCCAAUUGCCAGAGGACCUCCUGAAGACCAGAACCAAACACAGACAGUUGAUUCACCUCAGGCCAUGUGAUGUUAGAUAUAGCUCAUGUUUGCUUGAGCAUUGGAUACCCCGGAAUCACUUAAAUUCCUAAGAAGCUACACCUAUUAGAUUUAUACUUUAGUGUGGUUUCAGGUAGCAUAUGUGGGUUGUGGAUUUUGUAUCCAUACAUGAUGCAUACAUGUAAUGUUUUAUGUAGCAAAUGAUGUGUUAAAAAUAGCUAGAAUUUCGCUUUCACCAGGUCUCCAUCGCAUAUGGAGAACUGAGUUUUUUUGGGGAUUAUGAUGCAUACAAAAAUUAGAAGCAUUGCUUAGUGAUAAUUGAAGGAUAUAUGUAUUUGAAUACUGGCAUAUGGAGGAUUCUGUGGCUGUUAGUAUAUGAAAGUUUCUGCUAAUAGUGAUUAAAAUGCUGGUUUAUUCAUGCCA